AUGAGCACCUCGACUGUCUCGUCCCACCGGUCUCGCAUGUCAGUCAGCAGCUCUGCAGAUGAGAAGCCUCGGUCUGUGGCGAGCUCGGGAGAUGAGAAACGGGGAAUCUCUGGCACUGCGAAGCGCAUGUCCAUGGCCGGUACCAGCUCGACUCGUGCUCCUCUCAGACCUACCUCGUCUUCCAUCGACCGUAGAUCGAGUGUUGUUGGUACCACCGCCGAGCGGAAGCCUGCCACCACAACUGCCCGCACCGCGACCUCGACAAGCAAGCCUGUGGGCAGGUUAACUUCGUCGACGACACCUGCGAGCCGGACUGCCACUUCCACCUCCACCACUAGACCUGCUACUGCUCGGCCAACUUCGACUACGAGCACAGUCAGAUCUGCCACUGCGUCUGACCCCAAGAAGCGACUGAGUACGGUUUCUGGCUCAACUGGCCGUGCUAGUGAUUCCGAGAAGCUACAGGCCCUUCAGACUAAGCUCACAGAGAGCGAGGAGACCGUCGCUAGUCUGAAGACUGAAUUGGAGACUGUCAAUGAGAAGCUCAGCCAGCUUUCUGUCUCGGCCGAAGAACCCUCGGGCGAUGCUGGUGCCACCGAGGCUAGUCGCGCGGACCACACCGCAGAGAUUGAGAAAUUGACAUCAGCCCAUGCCGAGGAGCUCCAGGCCCUGCAAGCGCAACUAGACGAAGCGGAGUCCCAACGGAAAGAGCUCGAGGAGAGCUCGCAGAAGGAGCUGGAGGAAGCUAGACAAUCUGCCGCCUCGCAAGGGGAUGACAGGACAGUUGCCCUUCUUGACGAGCUCAAGUCAACACACCAAAGCCAGCUUGAGUCCAUCGAGAAAGAGCUGGCAGAGCACAAAAGGCUGCCCUGGAGGAAGAGAAAGCUCUGGACCUCGAACAUUUCAACAGAGAACUCAAAGGGACGUGAUCAGGUCCUGGAGAACCUUAACACGGAGAUUGUUAAGCUGAAUACGCUCAAGGAGCAGGAGGUCCGUGCUGCGGAGGAAUCUGCCCAGGAGAGUGUCUCUGGUCUUCAAGAGCAAGUAGCCUCCCUCGAGGCGAAGCUUGCUGCAGCCGAGUCUCUUACCCAGGAGAGCACUGAGCAGAACACUCUUAUUGCUGAGAAAGACCAAGAAAUUACCGAGCUUAAGCAGGCUCUUGAGAAGAUUCAAACUGAGCUUCAGGAGGCACGCGACACCGCAGCCACUGGACUGUCAUCAAAGGUCGAGGAAUUGGAGACUGCCCAUGAAGCUGCUAUCGCAAACCUUAAGGCCGAACAUGAAACUGCUAUUAGUGAAAUUUCGGCUUCCCACGCGGAGAAGCUCGCUGUUGCCAUGGCGGCGGCGGAAUCGAGCGGGGCAGAACACAGCACGCAACUCCAGGAACUUCGUGAUGCCCUCGAGGAAUCGAAGGCCACUGCCCAGAAGGGACAAGAAGAUGCCGUUGCUGAGCUUAAGACCGCACAUGAAGCAGAACUCAAAUUGCUGCAAGAAAAGCUGGAGGCUUCCGAAAAUGCCCUCGGUGAGACCCGCCGUGCCCUCGAUGAGGGUAACGCCUCGGCCCAAGACCUUGCCAUUCAGGAGAUCGAUGCUCUUCGACACAAGUGUGAGUCGCUGGAAUCCCAGCUGACUACUGGCACUGGGAAAAUAAACGCGCUGCUCGAGGAGAUGCAGGUCAAGCAGGCCGAAGCUGAGGCUAUCCAUCGCACUUUACGGGAUGUUGAAGACCACUCCAAGCAGGAGGGUGUUCAGAAGGACAACAAGAUGAAGGCUCUGGAGCAAAAGGCUGCAGAGGCCGCAUCCCUUCUCGAGCAACACACCCUGCAGGCUGCCAGUGUGGCCGAAAAGCAUGCACAGGCUCUGGAGGAUUUGAAGGCUGAGCAUGCUGCUCAGCUCGCAUCCGAAUUGGAGCGGGUCAAGGAGGCAUCGGGUUCCCAUGACAGUGCUCUGAGAGAUCUUCAGACGAAGCACGACGAGUUGCUUGCCGCAAACAAGGAAUUGGAGUCUACUCACGCCACCCGGGUUCAGUCACUUGAGGCUGAAUUGAAGGCGGCGCUUGAAAGCCACGCUCGUGAGAUUGCUGCCCAUACCGAGGGUCGCGAAAAGGAGACCGUCGAACUUCAGAAUCAAUUCGAAGAGACUCAGGCGAAGCUGCAAGCUGAGAUUUCCGCCUUGCAGAGUUCUAACAAAGCUAAUGCCGAGCUUCACGAGCAGCAAAUUGCUGAGCUGCAAAAGGGCUUCGAAGAGACGAAAGCCAAGAUGCAGGCUGAGAUUGAGGCCGCUCAAACCUCUAAGGCUGCUGAUGUCGAUGCUGAGCACAGCAAGGCAAUUGCUGAGCUGCAAAAGGGCUUCGAAGAGACGAAAGCCAAGCUACAGGCUGAGAUUGAGUCCGCUCAAACCUCCAAGGCUGCUGAGAUCGAUGCCGAGCACGGAAAGGCAAUCGAGCAGCUUCUAACUAUGCACGAGUCCAAGCUGUCUGGCCUCAGGGAGGAGCUCGAAGCUUCUAACAAGACCAAGAUUGAUGAUCUCCAGAAGACUCACGAUGCAGCCCUGGCUAGUGUCAACGAGCAAUUGUCUCAGGCCAAGGCUGCUGUCCAAGACACAUCCGCUCUGGAUGACUUGAAGGCCAUGGUCGCCGAUCUGCAGGCCAAGCUUGCCGACUCUGAGAAGGCCCACCUUGCGGUACAGGAAUCUGCCACUACUGCUUCCAGGGAAAUGGAGGGUCGUUACUCAGCUGAGCUUGCCAAGGUUCAGGCUGACCAUGCUGCACUUGGAGAGAAGUACCAAGCCGCCGUCGCCCAGGUGGGUGAACUCGAGAAGCUUGCGAAGGACUCGGACAGCCAGAAGUCGCACCUCGAGUCGAUUAUGAAGCAGCUCUCUGAAUCCCGCGACCAACUUCUCAAGGUCAAGGCAGAUAACGCCGCCAUCUCCGACUCGCUCGUUGAUUGCAAGAACCAAAACAAGACCUUGUCCGAGAAGCUUGAAGCUGGUGAGCGUGACCUGAACGAUCAGAUCGACAAGAACAUGGGUCUCCUGAAUCAGCUUGGCGAUGUUGAUUCCGACAUCUCUGCCAGCCGACGACGGGUCCGCGAACUCGAAACCGAGCUCGCAGUUCUGAAGGCGGACAGUGGCGAGAAGAGCAGCUCCUCAGGUUUGGAGGCUAGCCGCUGGGCGACAGCUGAUGAGGGUAGCGAGAACGCUGAAGAUGGGGGUCCAGCCACAACGGAAGGUGAGGACCUAGGCCCAUCCAUUGAGGGAACGAUGGCAAGCAUUCAGGAACAGCUUAAGCACAUCCGAACAGCCAAUGAUGAUUGGUACAGCGAGCAUCACAGACUCAUUGGCGAACUUGCCAAUCUCUCCCGGCAAGCAUCCUCCGAGUCUCUCAGCGCCUCGACCACACCCAAUUCGGAAGUCCCACCAGCCCCCGAGCCAGAACCUGCUCGUACCCGCGCAGCAACAGUCUCAUUUUUCAGUAAACGCUGA